AUGUAGCCAGUGCCUUGGCGGAUUUAUUUCUCGGUCUUCUCCGAGGUGUUCUGGAUGAUGAUAGCGGUGAUAUGUCCGUGGUUGAAGCACCUGCUAAAGGUGACAUUGGUCGUGUGAAAGAUAUAGUUCGCCGAAAUCCAGACAAGGUAAAUGCAAAACAUGAGAACAAGACUGCGCUACAGUUGGCGUGUUACGAAGGAAAGAUGGAUGUUAUAAAGUUUCUGUUGGACAAUAAAGCUGAUGUUAACAUCAGUGAUGAUGAAGGCGGUACUGCCCUUCAUUUUGCUGCUUUUGGACAAGAGGAGGGAGCACUGGGACUGUUAUUACAAAAAGGAGCAAAGCUGGACAUGCAGAACAAGAAAGGGCAGACAAACCUACAUAUCACUGUAGGCAAGGGUUCUGUCCCUUGUACAAGACUGUUGAUCAAGCAUGGUGCCUCUGUUAACUUAAAGGAUGAGGAUGGUGACAGUCCAAUGCAUGACUGUAUUAUACAGAGACGCAAACAGAAUUAUCUUAUAGAUGCCAUAUUUAAGUCACCGAGACCAGACUUUACAGUGAGCAAUGGUAAGGGAUUUAACGUGCUACAGUGGGCCGCAUUGCAAGACUGUAGAAGGGCCGCUGAAAUCAUCAUAUCAAACAAGCCGUCUGUGAUUGACCUGAAAGUGCCGGAAGGUUUUACGGCUCUACAUAUCUGCGCUGCCAACGACCAUGUGGAAAUUGCGAGCGGUCUUUUGAAGGCUGGAGCAAAUAAAGAUACUCGCGACGGGAGUGGUAGAACACCACUAAUUGUAGCUGUCAGUCAAAAUCAUAAACGUACUGUGGAAUUACUGUUAACAUAUGAAUGUAAAGUCGAUGCACAAGAUAAUGAAGGCAAUACAGCCUUGCACGUGGCUCAAAUUAGUGGAGCACUGCCUGCUUCACUUGCAAGGUUGCUUGAUGUUCCAUUGGUGAAUGAUGAUACAGGCAUACAGAUCUCGUGCAUGUUGGUAGAGACACGUGCUAGUAUAUCUAUAACGAAUAAGAAAGGACAGACGCCGAUUGAUAUGUGUACUGAUGUGGCGACAAAGGAGUUCUUGAAAAGGUUAGCACAGACAGCUUCCACGAAAAAAUUGGAAACGUUACAACGUGGCGUUGUCUUGCCGACCCGUUGGGAUCAAAUGGACAGGUCCGUUCUUAUGAAGAGAAUACCACUAGACAUUACAAAUGGACUGCUCCAAAAGGAAUUUCAGGGUGUGAAAAACAAGUUUUGCAGAACGCUUCCACAAGCAAGGAUUAUAACAAUCGAACGAGUGCAGAACAAAUUUCUUUGGGAACAUUAUUUCUUCAAGCGAACCCAGAUGGAGACCUUGUAUGGUAAAGGUUGUGCCAACGAACUCGAUUUGUACCAUGGAACAGAGGGUGACAAGGUAGACCUGAUCUGUAACAGUAAUCUAGACCAUAGGCUGGCCGGCGAAAAAGUUGGAACAUUGUUCGGCCAGGGUUCAUACUUUGCGUCCGACGCCAAGUACUCGGAUGGGCACGCUUCUGCGGAUACAAAUGGGCACAAGUACAUGUUCCAGUGUAGGGUGUUGGCGGGGAAGUGGACGCACGGAGAUCCAAAGUACAAGAGGCCUCCGCCGGUAAAUGACAAAGAUCCAUCUCGGCUCUAUGACUGUUGUGUAGACAGCACGGACACGCCGAGAAUCUUCUGCCUGUUUGACAUGAAUCAAUACUAUCCGGAGUAUGUUGUUGAAGGGUCGAAAGAUGAUUUAAAGUUUACUUUAUCACGAAAACUCUUAAAACCAGUACACAUUCCCACCACACCGCCCCCGUACACCCCUCCUCUUCUCCCUUCUUCUUUUUACUUCGAGUUAGGUAGAGGUAGGGCAGCAGACAGCAAGUAUUAUGUGAUUGCAGAAGAAAAUACAGGUCUGGCAGAGAAGGAGGAACUUAACUUGACACGAGAGGUCAUGAUGAGAAAAGCUAUCAUUCUGCUACAGGAAUACAUACAGAAGUAUCCAGACAAGUUUCGACAGGAGAUUCACAAAUUCCAAGAUGAAGCUAACCUAGAUCGGCAGAUGAAAUCUUUGGGAUCUAGACGUAAGUUGAUUAGAACAGGACAGUUUGAACUACGAUGCAUCAAGUGUGAUCAUUUCAUAUGCUGGUCUGAUGAUGUCAAAAAAGUGCAAGAUUCCCACCAUGUUGUUAUUGAUGAGCAUUUGGCAGAGAGGGUAACAUUUAAUAAAUGUGGGUCAACCAGAUACCAGGAUGAGGCUAUCCAGAGAAACAAAAACACAAAGUAUGACACAACUCUUGAUAGUACACCAACCGGAAUAUUCGCUGUGGAUUCUAGUCAAGCACAGAAUUGA